AUUAUAAAUAGCCGGGCGUAUGCUUAUUUACUUUCACAAAACUAGCCAACUGCACUAAACUCACAACUUGAGACGCGUCAAGCAACUAUCAACUUUCCCCUGCUAUAUAAACAAUCUGAUCACCGCAUAAACACUCACCAAAGUAUACAUAUACUUGAGUAGUUCUCAAAUAAUUUUAAGCUUCAUAUUAUAUUAUAUUCUUCUCUAGCCCUUUCCAAAUCCACUCAAAUAUGUCUGUAUUAGGGCAGCUGAUGAGCAUGAUUGUAAUUGUCGUACAUGCUGAGAUAAAAGAUUUAGGUGUAUCCUUGUCUAGCUCUUUUACUUGUACAGCAUUAUGGGCUAGGAAGAUCCGAAAUUUUGCUAUACGGAUUCAGUUGGCUAAUGGAGGUGUUGGGUGGGGGGAGGCUCCUACUGUUCCUCUUAUGGCUGUGGAGGAGCCACUGGCUAUGGCCAAAAUUGCCGAAACAUGUGACUUCCUCAAAAGGAGUGCUAAUAUGAGUUUGGGUUCAUUGUUGGAGCAGAUUGGUAGGAUUAUGCCUGGGCAUGCAUAUGCUUCAGUUAGAGCAGGAAUGGAGAUGGCCCUGAUUGAUGCAGUUGCUUAUAGCAUUGGCAUGCCUCUGUGGAAAGUGUUUGGUGGAGCUUCCAACACAAUAAUUACAAAUAUAACAAUUCCAAUGGCGGGUCCUUUUAGAUCAGCUCAAUUGGCAUCUGACUAUCGGGGACAAGGAUAUGACACCCUGAAAGUCAAAGUCGGGGAAAAUUUGAUUGCUGCCAUCCAUGUGCUGCAAGCAAUCCGGAGGGCGCACCCGGAUUGUUCCUUCAUCAUAGAUGCCAAUGGGAGAUACACCAGUGCUGGAGCUAUUCAGCUACUUCAAGAACUGCACGAGAUGAAGUUGACUCCGAUUCUCUUUGAGCAGCCAGUUCAUAGGGACGACUGGGAAGGUCUAGGCCGUGUCACUCAGUUUGCCAAAGAGAAGUAUGGCAUAUUGGUGGCUGCUGAUGAAAGUUGCUGUGAUAUAGCUGAUGCCCGGAAGAUCGUUGAACGGAAGCUUGCAAAUGUCAUUAACAUCAAGCUUGCCAAACUUGGAGUGCUAGGUGCGCUGGAAGUCAUUGAGUUAGCACGCUCAUCAGGCUUGCAUCUCAUGAUGAGUGCUAUGGUUGAGAGUCGACUCUCCAUUUGCUUCGCUGGUCACCUUGCUGCAGGUCUUGCAUGUUUCAAAUUCAUUGACCUAGAUGCACCGCUUCAUCUUACAGAAAAUCCAGUUGUUGGCGGCUAUGAAGUUUCUGGUCCGGUGUAUAAGUUUACAAGCGCUAGAGGCAGCGGCGCUUCCCUCCAUUGCGACGACAUUCAAUAGCAGCAGAAUUCCCGCAGCUGACUCUGGCAUACAUGAAUCGCAAGACAGACCGAAAUAGUUGGAAACAAAUCAGAAAGUUCUUAAGAACAUGCUAGAUAUCUUUUUUUAUAUAAUAAACUCACGUUAUAUCAUUUGUGUUGUACUAUUCUAUCAUUUGUGUUGUACUAUUCCAAGCUCAGAAUGAAAAUUCAGAUCACUGAUGUGUGAUACUUGAAUAAGUUUUAAAAUUAGAUCACUGAUGUGUCAUUUCUUA